CGUGACGCGGGCUGCGGCUGGGAAAUGUGGGUGGCGGGGCAAGAUGGCGGCGCACCUGUCGUACGGGCGAGUGAACCUGAACGUGCUGCGCGAGGCGGUGCGUCGGGAGCUGCGCGAGUUUCUGGACAAGUGUGCUGGGAGCAAGGCAAUUGUGUGGGAUGAAUACUUAACAGGACCAUUUGGACUGAUUGCCCAGUACUCACUACUAAAGGAACAUGAAGUGGAAAAGAUGUUCACACUUAAAGGAAGUCGUUUGCCGGCAGCUGAUGUCAAGAACAUCAUUUUUUUGGUCAGACCCAGGCUGGAAUUGAUGGAUAUAAUUGCUGAGAAUGUACUAAGCGAGGACAGGCGUGGCCCCACCAGGGAUUUCCAUAUUUUGUUUGUGCCUCGCCGGAGCCUGCUGUGUGAGCAACGGCUGAAGGACCUGGGAGUUUUGGGAUCCUUUAUUCAUCGAGAGGAAUACAGUUUAGAUCUCAUUCCAUUUGAUGGAGACCUUUUAUCCAUGGAAUCAGAGGGCGCUUUCAAAGAGUGCUACCUGGAAGGCGACCAGACCAGCCUGUACCACGCAGCCAAGGGGCUGAUGACCCUGCAGGCCCUGUACGGAACUAUCCCCCAGAUCUUUGGGAAAGGAGAAUGUGCUAGGGUUCAGCUCUCAGCUCCCACGCCCGGCAACAACCACCUGGAAUUCCAGACUCUGGGAAUACAAUGCCCUCCUAACACUAAGCAAGUGGCCAAUAUGAUGGUCAGGAUGAAGAGGGAGUUCACAGGAAGCCAAAACUCAGUGUUCCCCGUGUUUGAUAACCUCUUGCUGCUUGACCGGAAUGUGGAUCUCCUAACGCCGCUCGCCUCCCAGCUCACGUACGAAGGACUCAUCGAUGAGAUUUACGGCAUCCAGAACAGUUAUGUGAAGUUGCCUCCAGAGAAAUUUGCGCCCAAGAAGCAGGGCGGCGGCAGUGGUGGCGGGAAGGAGCUUCCCAUGGAGGCGAAGAAGCUGCAGCUCAACUCUGCAGAGGAGCUCUACGCCGAGAUCCGAGACAAGAACUUCAACGCCGUGGGCUCGGUGCUCAGCAAGAAGGCAAAGAUCAUCUCCGCAGCCUUUGAGGAGCGACACAAUGCUAAGACGGUUGGGGAGAUCAAGCAGUUCGUGUCCCAGCUACCCCACAUGCAGGCGGCCAGGGGAUCGCUCGCCAACCACACCUCAAUUGCAGAGUUAAUUAAAGAUGUCACCACUUCUGAAGACUUCUUUGAUAAGUUGACGGUGGAGCAGGAGUUCAUGUCCGGGAUAGACACUGAUAAGGUCAACAGUUACAUCGAGGACUGUAUUGCCCAAAAGCAUCCGCUCAUCAAGGUGCUGAGGCUGGUCUGCCUCCAGUCUGUGUGCAGCAGUGGGCUCAAGCAGAAGGUGCUGGACUACUACAAAAGGGAGAUCCUCCAGACCUACGGCUAUGAGCACAUCCUGACCCUGAACAACCUGGAGAAGGCCGGCCUGCUAAAGGCUCAGACAGGGGGCAGAAACAAUUACCCAACAAUUCGGAAAACAUUACGCCUCUGGAUGGACGAUGUCAAUGAACAAAACCCCACAGACAUAUCCUAUGUGUACAGCGGUUACGCCCCCCUCAGCGUGAGACUCGCACAGCUCCUUUCCCGGCCGGGCUGGCGGAGCAUCGAGGAGGUUCUCCGCAUUCUCCCAGGGCCCCACUUUGAAGAAAGGCAGCCACUGCCCACCGGGCUGCAGAAGAAACGCCAGCCAGGAGAAAACAGAGUCACACUGGUAUUUUUCCUCGGGGGCGUCACCUUUGCUGAAAUAGCUGCCCUGCGCUUUCUGUCCCAGCUGGAAGACGGAGGCACGGAGUAUGUAAUUGCGACCACUAAACUGAUGAAUGGAAACAGCUGGAUAGAAGCUCUCAUGGAAAAGCCUUUCUAGAUCAGAGGAGACGUGACAGGUUACCACACAGUGAGCUGCCUCUGUGGACAUAUUACCCAAAGGAUGGAAAGCCAGGGGCAGGAGGACGGAAUCUAUGGGCUCAUGUUCCUCUCUGCGCUCUCUGUCCUGAAAAGGGAAGAUCAGCCUGGAUAAAGAAAUGAUGAGCUAGGCAUGGUGGCUCAUGCCUAUAAUCCAUUUAUGAGACAGAGGCAGGAGGAUUGCUGCAAGCUUGAGGACGACCUGGGCUACAUAGUGAGUUCCAGCAAAAGCCCUCCCUUCCAAAAAUAAAGAAGAUCCUGUUUGAGAAUUUUUAAGCUUAAAGCCUUCAUUUCUGGAGUAGUUUCUGGAAUGGUUAAGACCAUGGGGGUGAUAGCCCCAGCAGCCACACAACUGCAGGGCCGAGAGGACAAGAAGAAACUAGAAGCAGGAAUUCUGAUGCACAGCAGGUGUUCUAGAAGACGCCCCAUGCCCAGGGAAGUGGUUUUGUGUUGAUUACACUUUCCCACAGAACACAUUUGUGCCUCCAGUCUCUACCGAUCUGAUUCCUAAGGCAAACCUUGUUUCCUUCUGAAAAACUGAGAAGCUUGAAGGGGCUUCCCUUUCCACAUAGUGGAGUUUCUGUUCUCUGCAUUAGCUGUGUCUGCAGUUCUCUGCCCAGAAGUGUGAGCUGAGCGCCAGGCAGCUCUGCCAGCUAACUGUCCACAGGCACGUCUGGGUGUGCAUGUUGCUGACUCCAAGACUCACCAGUGUAGACGGCCCUGCCUGGACUUCUGUUUUCCUCCAUGUCCUCUGUGGACAGUUCUUCUGGCCCUUCAGUAUCAUGCAGUUCUGUCUCCAUGGUAACUGCCACAUGCACCUCGCAAGCCCUCUGGCUGUACUCAACUGCACACAUCCCCUUUGCCUGAAAAUACUCAGCUCUCAGUCCCUGGUCUGGUGGCCGAGUGCACUGUGGUCAGUGUCAGUCACAAAGAAACAAGUACCACCAGUGCUGCAGGGGGUGGAGCCCGGCCGAGAGCAGGCGUAGGCAUUCGGUGCCGGUGCACAUCCUGAUCUUCUCAGCAUCUGAAGGAGUUAAGAGCACCAAGUGGGGGAUCACGUAAUGGCUUUUCUGUCAUCAUCCAAGUCUCCAGAAAAGCUUUCCUGUCUCAGCUGGUCCUGGUCCUGGCCCAGGGGCAGUUUCUAUGGUUAAUAUUUUUCCUCUUGACUGCACAUUAUAAGUGACUAGAAUUGUGUAUUUAAAAGAAACAAGCUAGCAUUGAAGGAUAGCAAAGAUGUCUGUGUCUCAUGGAGUUAAUUCAGCCUUGAGUUCAGUAUUUGGAGUGGCAGGCAGUGGUGUGGGGGCAUUCCCAGAUGGCAGAGCAUUCUAGGCUUAGAAAACUCUUUUUCAGAUUCUUGUUACUCCAGGGAGACUAGUUUACCUUUGAGCCCCAGCAAUGGCUAGUCUCAGCUGCCUGGGACUGUAAUCCACCUUGUCAUCAGCGCUUUCCACUCUUGGGAUUCAGGGCGAGUCUGUCCACGUCUCCUUGGCUUGGGUGUUUGUCAGUGAACAGAUACUCAGUUGUAAUCUCAUGUGUCUGCAUUUGUUUCUGAGUCUAUAUUUACUUUCUCAGAGCAUAGCAAGGUCAACUCCUAAAAAUGUACCCAGCAGAAGACCCUUUUGAAAACCACACACUUUCUUCCUCUGUAUUCAGACACAAAGUGGUGGCAUCAUACAUCAUGCCUUGUGAUGGAAGUCCCCUUAGUACUCAAAGCUGCCUUUGUCUCUUAAGAGAGUGCUCUGAGAAAGGAUGUGGGAACGGAAGGCUUAUUCUUAGACAGGGUGAUUGUUUACACCAUGUCUGGACUUGUCCUGAGUUUGAGGACCAUUCUGCUGCACUGGCUGUCCUGAUUAAAGCCGUCUAUGUAGAUGCUAUUUCUGUCUCAAUUUAUACAUUCUUUCAUUGCCUUAAAUCUAAAAACUGUACUUUAAUGGACUGAUAUAGACCAAGAGAGAUGUGGUCAAGGAAGAUCAAACUGGACGUGUCAAGAGCUAUUUCACUUGAGCUCUGAUUGCACUAGACAUGGGUUGUGAUUACCAGGGCAUGCUGGUCUGCUUCGUUCUCAGUUGUACACAACAGGAAGCUAGAAGGACACAGUAGCACAUCUUUACUGCCACUACCAGGAGCUAAGGCAGAAAGAUUGCGAACUCAAGGCUAGCUGGGCUAAAUAGUGAGACCUUGUACAAAAAAAAAAAUGAUGGAGAGAGGGAUUUGUGUCGCUGUGCUGUUUAGCAUGCUCACAGCCCUGGACUUAAUCCUCAGAACACAGAGAAAAAGAAAGAGGCCCUGCUGGCCUGAACCUAGGAGGAAAUGUCUGUAUUCUGCAGAGUUGAAUUCAAGCAAAAAUACACCCAUGGUUGAGUCAAGGUCUUCCUGUGUAGCCCAGACUGGCCUGGAGUUCAGUCCUUCUGCUUCAAACUACUAAGUGCUAAGAUUUACAUACCCAGAAUUUUUUUUAGUCCUUCUCUCAUAUAUUGCAUCCCAACCAUGGUUUCCCCUCCCCCCAUUCACCCUACCUCUCCUCCCCUCUGCCUGCUCUACCUGCCUCAACUCCCCUCAGAAAAAAAGCAGGCUUCCCAGGGACAUCCGUCAAACAUGGCAUAGCAAGCUACAAUAAGACCAGGCACAUAGCAUCACAUCAAGGCUGAACAAGGCAUCCCAGUAGGAAGAAAAGGGUCCUUGUAGGCAAGAGAGUCAGGGCAGCCCCUGCCCCACUAUUAGGAUUCUCUGAAGAAAAGCAAGCUAUGCAGCUAUAACAUAUGCAGGGGACCUAGGCCAGACCCACAGGCUUCCUGAUCUCUUCAGUCCCCAGGAGUCCUAGUCAAUUGAUUCUGUGGGCCUCGUCUCACACCAUGCCCCUGACCCCUCAGGCUCCUCCCGUCCUUUCUCCCAUCCUCUGAAGUGUGUGUGACUCCUAGUGUGUGUGACUGAGGGACUCUGCAUCUGCCUCAGCCAGCUGCUGGAUGAAAUCUCUCGUUUCUUUGAUGACAGUUCUUCUAGGCUCAAGUCCCAGAAUACUCUGCAUGCAGGGCAAACAUAGGUUGAAGGUUUUGGUUGGUGUCUCCAUCCCUCUACUUGAGGGCUUGCCUAGUUACAGAAGAUGGCUGGUUCAGGCUCAGGGUUCCCUGUCAUGAGGAGUCUUUGCUAGGGGUUACUCCCUAACAGCUAAUAUUCAGUUAUAAGUAAGUACAUACCAUGGUUGUCUUUCUGGGUCUGGGAUGAUUUUGUUUUAGUUCCAUCCAUUUGUCUGCAAAUUUUAUGAUGUCAUUGCUCUUUCUAGCAGCUGAGAAAAUUUGUGUAAAUAUCCCACACUUUAUCUAUUCUUCAGUUGAGGGGCAUCUGGGCUGUUUGCAGUUUCUGGCUGUUAUAAAUAAAGCUGCUUUGAACAUA